UACCGAUUUCAAUCGACUUUGACAUUUGCAUGACUGCUUAUUUCUACGUAGUCUGUGUUCUACGUUUACGUCACAAACGCGAAACUUUUUCUUUCUUUCUGGAACUGUCAAAACAGUAGGAAACAUGGCAGAGGUUGAGGAAACUCUCAAGAAGAAGCGUACUUUCAGGAAGUUUACCUUCCGAGGAGUUGAUCUUGAUCAGCUUCUUGAUAUGCCAAAUGAGCAGCUUAUGGAGCUCAUGCAUGCUCGUGCUCGCCGGCGGUUUGCCCGUGGGUUGAAGAGGAAACCAAUGGCACUGGUUAAGAAGUUGAGGCGUGCAAAGCAGGAGGCACCUCCAAACGAGAAGCCAGAGAUUGUUAAAACUCAUCUUCGCAACAUGAUUAUUGUGCCCGAGAUGGUGGGCUCCAUUGUGGGCAUCUAUAAUGGAAAAACAUUCAACCAGGUGGAAAUUAAGCCUGAAAUGAUAGGCCACUACCUUGGUGAAUUCUCUGUCACAUACAAGCCUGUCAAACACGGUAGACCCGGUAUUGGUGCUACCCACAGCUCCAGAUUCAUUCCACUGAAGUAGGUGGAAACUGUGAACUUAGGUUAA